GUAUCGGCACAUUAGUACUGCACUGCUCUCUCUCUCUCUCGCUCUGUCUCUCUGCGGAAUGCGCACUGCACUUGUGGGUGGGCAGAACGCCGGGCGUUACAGAGAAAGCGAGGUCUGCUCUCACUCAGUCCUCGCUUGAGUGCUCAGGUUUCGGCAGAGUGCCUUGAGAAUCGCUUUUACCCAGUUUUUCAUUUAAAAAAGCUUUCUAUUGAGACCUUAAAGAUCGUUUUAACCCGUUCUCCACACUAUUCAAGGGUUGCAUAGCUUUUUAUUACUCUCAAAGAGAGUGUUAGCCCGAGGCGUUGACUCUGUGAGUGCACAUUUAUUUCGUCCAGGAAAAUGGCAAAGGAUGAUAAGAAGAGCGCGUGGAAGGAGUUCUUCUGGAACCCGAGAACGCGCGAGUUCUGCGGGAGGACCGCGAGCAGUUGGGGUCUGAUCCUGUUGUUUUAUCUGGCAUUCUACAUUUUCCUGGCUGGAUUAUUUUCUCUCACCAUGUACGUAAUGCUGCAGACGCUCGAUGACCACAGACCAACAUACCAAGAUAGACUUUCAACUCCAGGGAUGAUGAUCAGACCUAAAGGAGAGCAGCUGGAGAUCGCUUACACCAUGGAGUUCACAGAGACCUGGGAAAGAUACGUCCAGGCCCUCAAUAACUUCCUCUCGCCCUACAAUGACACAGUCCAGGCCCAGAAGAAUUAUGAUUGUAAACCGGAUCAGUUCUUCAUCCAGGAGGACAGUGGCAGCUUGAAAAACUUCCCCAAGCGUUCCUGCCAGUUCAAACGCUCCAUAUUGGAGGAUUGCUCUGGGAUCACAGAUCGUUAUUAUGGUUACAAUGAUGGCAAGCCCUGCGUCAUCAUCAAGCUCAACCGUGUGAUUGGUCUGUUGCCUGCUAAGGACGGGCAGCCUCCUUAUGUCACAUGUGGUGCUAAGGCAGAUGACACAGAUAAACUUGGUGAACUGGUGUACUUUCCCCCCAAUGGCACUUUCAACCUUAUGUACUACCCAUACUAUGGCAAGAAAGCCCAGGUGAACUACUCCCAGCCUCUAGUGGCCAUUAAGUUCCUCAACAUCACCAUGAAUGAGGACGUCAAUGUGGAGUGCAAAAUCAACGCUAACAACAUUCCUGAGGGCACUGAACGAGACAAGUUUGCUGGACGCGUUUCCUUCAAACUAAGGAUCAAUUCCAGAGAUUAAACAGGCGAAAGUGUGUACCUUUUCGUUUACACACAGACACACACACAAACACAGGUCCUCCCCAUCUAAAAGAGUGUAGGAUUAGGCACAGAAGGCACAGCUAGAUACAUAAACCAGACAAAGCAAUCCUCAGCACAGACAGAGCAAAGAGUAAUACUUCAGCAUUUCAAAGAAAUAUUUUUCUUUCCCAUUUGAGACUGUAGUGAGGUUGUAGAGAGUUAGCAAUGAAGUUUUGUGUGCAUUUGUGUGUGUACAUCAGUGUCUGUGUGUGUGUUUGCAUGUGUGAGCUGAGGUAUCACAGUAUUUAUUUUAUGAAACACAAAAUUUGAAUUGCAUGUUCAGCUAUCAGAGCUAUUUAUUAAAAAUAAUACAUUCUAUUAAAACAAUAUUAAGAAAGGGAUAUAAUUAAAAAGAGAGAGAACAUUCCUAAUAAAUAUGCUGUUUUCUUCCCUCAGUAUCCGUAUUAAUUUAGCAGAAAUAAUUUAUUAUAAUUUUAAAGCAGGUAUCUAAUUAAUGUGGCAUGAUCUCAUGUGUGUUUGGAGCGUCUCUAGACUGCUGGGAUUUUUUUGCAUGUGUGUAUCAGGUCUGAAGAGCGGUAUUGAAACCUCUCCUCUGUCUGAUUUGUGGCUUUGUAAGUGAAGAGGAUAUUUUAAACCAACAUGUAGCUAAUGCUGUGUAUGAUGAACAUCCUCUCCAGCACACACAAGAAAACUGAUACAUUUCUGCAUUCCUAUUGGUUUUGACACAGCCUGUACUUUCAUAUGAUGAAGUGUGUCACGUUUCAUUUAUCAUGAGACGUGUCUAAGUUUGUUUAUAUGUAAAAAUAGGUCUUUGCAGUAUUUUUUUUUUUUUUUUGUAUGUGUAAUCCAAUUUGUCUCACAUGGUGAGGGGAUAUAAUGUUUUGUAUUGAUUUGCAUCGGCUCAGAGGAUGACAGCAGGCCUGGGUUCAGUUUAAAAUCUGAAAAAUAGAUAGAAAAAGUGUGUUUGAUAUGUGUGUGAGAAAAUAUAUGUGGAUUUUUGCAUGUGUGUUUUGAUUUGAUUUAUGUUAAUCUUUGUGCACAUUUAACUUUCAUUUAAAAUAUUUUUUGGAUUUUGUUGUAAGUGACUCUAAGCAUAACCAUAGAGAGAGAGAUAGAGAGGCUCAAAGAGCAGGAACAGCAGGCUUAUGUUUCUGAGAUAAGGAAGACAGAAGCGAAUCCAUCCCAGUCCUUACCCUGCAUGAGUCAAUAAAUCAAAAGACGUGGUCACCAACCUCAUUUCUCAUUAUCAUUUUUUUAAACACCUAAACUCACUCUGAGUACAUAGACCUCAUGCUCCAUUCUGAGAAGUGUCUUGUGGAGAGUUCAUGUACACUUUGUCAUAGAACUGACGAGUGUGUACACUUCCUCUAAUGCCCUAAUCCUUUAAUCUCACUCUCAUAAAUAGAUAUGGUGCUUUACACUGACAUUUCCUCAAAAGCAUCUAUCUAUCUAUCUAUCUUUCUAUAAAUUGUCAACUCAUUUACUGAAAAAUAUUAAGCUGAGUGACAAAACACUUAUUCACAUUUGAUCACUUUCACAUGUGCGGCUGUGUUGACUUCUGUAUCUGUUGCAUAUUUUAUGUUUGUGCAUGGUGAGGUUGUUAUCUGACUCGGCAGAGAAAGCUUCAAAUCAACGGAAUUAAAUAUUCAUUUACCUCAGGCCCCAGAUCUCAUAUCAUUAACUUGACCCUGUACACUAGUUCCCUCUGGAGUAAAAAAAAAUCAAAAGCAGUUUGUAACACCAUGCACAAAAGGGAAGAAGAGAAAAAUCCAUAUAUAUGUAUAUAUACAUAUUAUGAGUGACGUUUUUGGUGCAUGCAGGCUUUGAGACAAUGGUUUUGUAAACAGCGCCCCUAGUGUAACAGUUGUGCUGUGCCUCUCCACGCCACCAACUGUUUCUACUGGUGAAGUACACAUUUUAUAGUGCAUUAGCAUAUGUUUUAAUAUACAUGAAUCUUCUGAAAGGCAAUAUAUUUAUAUUUUGAGCCCCUUUGGUGUAUAAAGAAAAGUUACAUGCUAUAUGUGUAUUUUUCUUUAGAUUGGCUGGUCAUGAAAAUGUUAAAUAUUUAUUGUAAUAUUUAAAUAAGUUUAUAGAUGAGAAUGGCUAUAUGGAUUUUAAAAUCACAUGCAAUAUAGAAAAGAUCCUAUAUUUUCAAAGAGCCUAUAUUUCUAUUUUUGUUGAUCAUUUAUGGAUAAGAGCAUGUAACAGCUGGGGAAUGUAUGGCUGAUAUUAAGCUUUGCAGUGCUUAUUAUAAAAUACAAGGAGGUCACAAGACUUAAUCAGCCCAAGAAUGUAAUAAAUCAUCAUCACUUUAAUAGUCUGGGUCUCUUUGUAGCUUUUGAAAUACCAAAAUGUAUGCAACUUUUAUGUUUCAUAAAACUAACAUUGACAAUACAAGUCAUGUCAAAGUGGAUGAUCUGUUUUAAAGAAGUCUCUUGUGAACAUUAACCAACAGAACUCAACAGCUUUUGAAAACUAGAUGAAAAGUAAUGUACCUAAUGUAUAUAAAUGCUGUGGUUUAGAUGUGUUUGAACAGAUGGAGUCGGCUGUGUAAACAUCACCACCACCUCAACACCAUCACAGAACAGAAACCGCGGUUCAUUUGAUAUGGCUCAGUGUUCACACAGCACUGGACCUUGUGCAAACUGUGCUCAAAUGUUUGAUGAACAAUGAGAAUCUGACAUUAUAUUGACUAGUUAAGUUAAACACCUUAUACUGUAUAUGUUCAUAGGCUUAAACUAAUGUAUUGAAAUAACAAACCUAAUAAAAUGAACAACAAUG